AUGACGCCGCCGCUAUGGCCCAAGAUCUCCGCUGUUCUUCCACCAGACGAGAACCAUUUCCCGCUGCACUUUGGCGACAAGGUGGAGGCGAGCGUGGUGGAAAUGCUGAGAAGAUCCAGACGUCAACUCUACAGCGGCACCCCUGCCGCUGGCCUCCUGCUUAACGCUCAGAUCGUCUUGGACGUGUCGUGGGAGAAGCUCAACACGGGAACGUGGCGCCACGUGGACAAGGAAUGGCGCCGUGUCUACUCGUACGGGUGCCUCUUCAAGGUGUGCGCCUUGUGCGCUGAAGAGCCUUCGGAGGACGACCUCCUGCAGGCCGUCCACACCUGUGACAUGGGCUUGCUCAUGGGCGCCGCCAUCAUGGACGAUCGACUGCAAGUUCUGGUCGGGAUUCUGCAGAAAGAAGUCAAGAAAGACACCAGAAAUGAGGAGGAGCCAGAGCAUACAGAGGCCAAGAGGCUGAAAUUGACACUGGCAAAUGUUCCACCGAUUGGGGAAGAUCGGGCCGUUCCUAGAGUCAAAUGUCCAUCUCUGGAGAGUUUCCAGAAGAACUACUUGGUCCCCACCAAAGCGGUCAUCUUGGAGGGCACCAUCGAUCACUGGCCCGCCCUCAACCAGCACCCCUGGAGCUUAGAAUACUUGAGGUCAGUGGCGGGGUGUCGCACCGUCCCCGUGGAGGUGGGCUCCAGGUACACGGACGAGGAAUGGUCCCAGACGCUUAUGACGCUCAACGAAUUCAUCGACCGAUAUAUUUUAAAACGCAGUGACAUCUGUCCGGAUGGGGCGACACCAGUCUGCGGCUAUCUAGCUCAGCAUCAGCUCUUUGAACAGAUACCAGAGUUGAAGGAUGACAUUCGCUUGCCUGAUUACUGCUGCUUGGGUGACGGCGACGAGGAGGACGUGACGGUCAAUGCUUGGUUCGGGCCCGCCGGCACUGUCUCGCCCCUCCACCAGGAUCCCCAGCACAACUUCCUGGCACAGGUGGUGGGAUGCAAAUACAUCCGCUUGUACUCGCCCCAAGACUCGGACAAACUCUACCCGCACCCGUCUCAGCUCUUACAUAACACCAGCCAGAGGUGGAGAACCCCGACACGAAGCGCUUCCCAGAGUUCUCCAAGGCUCCAUACCAGGAUUGCGUGCUGCGGCCCGGAGACGUGCUCUUCAUCCCGGUGCAACACUGGCACUACGUACGCUCCCUGGAGCAAAGUUUUUCUGUCAGCUUCUGGUGGUCCUGAAACGAUGCCAAAUGAAAUGAUCUCAGGUUUAAUUCUACUUUUAACAGGGUUUUUUUUUGUACGGAUUGUUUCGUUUAAUUGCGCUCUCAACCUUUUAAUCCGACAAAUAUCCUCAGGUGUUCCUAUUUGCAUAAUGCAUGCAAAUGAGGGAGCGUCGGCUAAACAUGCUGCCGGUUAAAUCGGGUCACAGCUGAGGAGGAAUAAAUGAAGCGUCCCCCGUGGGUGCGCACACAUUCAUGCCUCAUUUUUGUACUUCAGCAACGCAACUAUUAGCAUGAUUAGAACUGUAAAGCAAAAACAGGGCAGGAGGGGGGAAACGGGGUGCUCUCUUGCUUCAUGUUACUACACUGGAAUUUAAUUAUAAUCAGAAACGGCAACCCGAGUUUACAUCUUGUCAUUAAUAUUUGCGUAUUAGCAUGUGAUCAGUUGUCAGUAGGAUCAUCGGAAUUCAGUCAUGUUGCUAUCUUGCCAUAUGGUUGUGCCCCAAUUGUUAGCAUCACUGUUAUUUGACCAAUUCUCGCUAAUUAAUAUACAGGAUACAAAUAUUCUUGUAACAUUUGAUCAAUACUCACCAGGAACUCAGAUAAUGCCUCCUACUUUUAUGCAGUCCGGUCUCUCUUAAUUUUCAAGCGCUACUUCAACCUCGCAAACUAGAUCUCGCAAAUCUGCUUACUCUCAUUAUGAAGUGAUCAAUACUCAAUUACCAGUGAAGUAAUGUAAGCCCCCCACCACCAUCACCCUCGUAGUCUUCUCUCUUAUUCUGCCCCCAUUUCAUGUCCGCCACGUUUUGAUUAAUGGCCUACAUGCUUUUGAACAACUCAUGGCCGAAUCCAUUAAAUUCCUCUCAUUUGGUUUUAAGUGUUGAAUAAAGUUAACAACAUUUAAACACCAGCAACAUCAACUCACCUGCUAUAAUUCCUACAAGGGCCAUGUCAAUAAUAUCAGUCACAGGAAAGAAAAUAUUCACACAUUUUUUCAGUGUAUUUAUAUAUUUGAGUGUAUAAAAAAUAAAAGCAACACAGAUGUAAACCA